GAUCCAACACAAGGCGGACAACAUGGCGGACGUACUGGACCUACACGAAGCGGGUGGCGAGGAUUUUCCUAUGGAUGAGGAUGGUGAUGAGAGCAUCCACAAGCUCAAAGAGAAGGCAAAGAGAAGGAAGGGUCGAGGUUUCGGAUCGGACGAAGGAGCGCGGUCCAGAGUGCGUGAGGACUACGACACGGUGGAGCAGGACGGGGACGAGCCGGGGCCGCAGAGAUCUGUGGAGGGCUGGAUCCUGUUUGUGACCGGGGUUCAUGAGGAGGCCACCGAGGAGGACAUCCAUGACAAGUUCGCAGAGUUCGGAGAGAUCAAGAACCUGCACCUGAACCUGGACCGCAGAACGGGCUACCUGAAGGGCUACGCGCUGGUGGAGUACGAGACCUACAAGGAGGCCCAGGCUGCCAUGGAGGGGCUGAACGGCCAGGACCUGAUGGGCCAGCCAAUCAGCGUGGACUGGGGCUUUGUCAGAGGGCCACCCAAAAGCAAGAGGAGGGGUGGGAGACGACGCAGCAGAAGUCCUGACAGGAGGCGGCGCUGAUUCCCACCAGCUCCUUUUCAAUUGGCUGAACCUACACCGCUGACACCUCCGCCAUCCAAUGGGAGAGUGGUGGAGGGCAGACUGUAUUUUCAGCAGAUAAAUUCACCACUUUCUCGGUGAAAAAGCUUAUUUUAGUAACAGUGUCUUUUCUUUGUUUUUUUUUUUUUUCUUUCAGACCUUGCCAAUGUGCUGUGCUUUAUGGAGUGAAUGUUUAUAUUGGGUUUAAUGGUCGCUGAAGCAGGUACACUGCUGUUUGUUACACAACAGAAUAAGACAAAAUUGUUGCUUUUCU